AGGAAGUUUGCCUUGGGUUCCUCCUCCCCUCAUCGUCUCUUAGCUGAUCAGCUGAUUCAACCUGUGGAGAAUCACACACAUCUGAAAAGUUCAGUCACAGCCACUGUGUCUGGGCUCCCCACAUCCUCUGGUCCCCAAGCCGGCCAGCAGACUGUGUCAAGCAGGGGUAGACAGGAGGCCAUAGAUGCCUCUUCCGCCAUGGAACGUACACUUUAGCCACGAAAACAGAGACGUUAGCAAGUGGUGCCAGGCCUGGAGAUGGUCAGAGAUGUGCGAGCCCUGCCAGUUGGCAGGAAGACGGUCAGCAAAGCUGCUGAUAAGAGGAGUAUAAAGAGGGCUUGGUUAUGGCAGGGGGCAGUGGUCUUCUCAGCUAGCAACAUGCUGCGCUUGCUGGUGGUGGCCUCCCUGGUCCUUUAUGGACACAGCACCCAGGACUUUCCAGAAACCAACGCCCGGGUAGUUGGAGGGACCGAGGCUCAGAGGAAUUCUUGGCCAUCUCAGAUUUCCCUCCAGUACCGGUCUGGAAGUUCGUGGGCUCACACCUGUGGAGGGACCCUCAUCAGGCAGAACUGGGUGAUGACAGCCGCUCACUGCGUGGACAGAGAGUUGACCUUCCGUGUGGUGGUUGGAGAGCACAACCUGAACCAGAACGAUGGCACCGAGCAGUACGUGGGGGUGCAGAAGAUCGUGGUGCAUCCCUACUGGAACACCGACGACGUGGCUGCAGGCUAUGACAUCGCCCUGCUGCGCCUGGCCCAGAGUGUAACCCUCAACAGCUACGUCCAGCUGGGUGUUCUGCCAAGGGCGGGGACCAUCCUGGCUAACAACAGUCCCUGCUACAUCACAGGCUGGGGCCUGACCAGGACCAAUGGGCAGCUGGCCCAGACCCUGCAGCAGGCUUACCUGCCCACCGUGGACUACGCCAUCUGCUCCAGCUCCUCGUACUGGGGCUCCACCGUGAAGAACAGCAUGGUGUGCGCCGGAGGGGACGGAGUUCGCUCUGGAUGUCAGGGUGAUUCUGGGGGCCCCCUUCAUUGCUUGGUGAAUGGUCAGUAUGCUGUCCACGGUGUAACCAGCUUCGUGUCCCGCCUGGGCUGUAAUGUCACCAGGAAGCCCACAGUCUUCACCAGGGUCUCUGCUUACAUCUCUUGGAUAAACAACGUCAUUGCCAGCAACUGAACAUUUUCCAGAGUCCAACGGCCUUCCGAGGUGAUUCUUAGAUGCUCAGCAGGACUUGAGGCCACCAAAGAAAUUACAUUCUAAGAGACUAUUGAGUCAGAUACAGAAAAGCAAAUAAAACCGAAUAUACAUAUCA